UACAAUUUGGCUGUUUGACGAGCGUCGAUCGCGGUAGACGACACGGAAAAGAACGCCAUCUGACAGACAAAAGCUGAUCGUUUCAUCCAGAGGGAAAAAACCUGAAACAUGAAGCAAAUGGUGGUUGCACUGUUUUUUGUUGCUUUGUGCUGUGUGGCCAAAGUUCAAGCUGACAAAUGUUACAGCUGUUCUUCUAUUGAAAGCUGGGACAAAUGUAAUGAAGCCAAAAAAGAAAUUACCUGUCCAAGCGCAAAAUGUAUAAAACUGAAAGUCAGCACCGAAAUCAAAGCGUCCGGAGUCAACACCACAAAGACGCACAGCUAUACCAAGGGUUGUGGAUCGGCUGCCGCUUGUGAGAUCAAUAAUAACCCAUUGUGCAAGAUUUCGUUGCCUGGUGCCACCGUUAGCUGCACCGUCAACUGCUGUGAGGGAGAUUUGUGCAAUGCUAGUACUUUUCCAUUGGUCAGCGGUAUCGUGAUCCUGACAUGCGCACUUGUCUCUUUUCUGAGCAUGUUUUGAUUCAUGAGACAACUUGUGACAAGUUGUUACAUGUUUUUUAAGCUCCAAUAAAAACACUUAAAAUGUUUCA